AUGCAGAGCCAAAAGAAAGUUCGCCUCUUCCGGAAUCUCUGGCUGCCGGAUCCUGAGCAAGUUUUGUCCAGCCAGGAGCUGAUCUAUGUCCAGAAGCUCAUUCCUCUUAUCCAAUGUCUCGAGAUGCAAUGGGACAAAGAGCUGAAAGAAGCGGAUGGGUGGAAUGUAGAUGAAGCUUAUGAGAGUCUUCAAGUGAAUGAAGCUGCCUGGUGGAAGGCACGAGGCGUCACUAGACCUAGAGAAUUCUUGGUUCGUCCGAGUGGCAAGCUGAACGCUCCAGUUGCUUGUCACUUAUACAAUCCCACAUUCUCUGUUGACGACCCCCGUUGCCAAAAAACCGAAGACCUUUCAAAUCCCUCAAUCGCCCAGCUCCAUGAGGCUGGAUUUUCAACAAAAAACAACUGUUGGCUUUUUGAUCAUCUGGCUCGCAGAGAUAUCAGCAGACACUGCAAAGAUAACUAUCCCGAAGACCUUUUCGACAUUCAUGAACAGUUUGUCUUUGCGCUCCGAGUCGCGAUGAAGGCAAAGGUCGAGAUCUGCUGGGGUGCCAAUGUUCGCGAACGAAUGCUCAAGAAGCUUGACCUACAGUCUUUGCGUCUUUGGGGUGAUUUUGCAGGCUUGGUUUUGCAUCUGGAGCUGACGCCUGACAAAGCAUCUUUAAGACGUUUUAUCAUUUUUGUCGCGCACCCCCAGCGCUUUAUGUACGUAAAGAGUGAUGGUGAGAAGACUCAACGUUGGCGUCGCCGAUUUGGCUCACCACAAGAUCAAGCAUUGGCUCUCGCUGCUAGCUUGGGGGGCAUCCAAAUUCCCGCAAACUUCUACGAGCUAGAUUCUCGAUUACCUCGGAAUCUAUGUGUCCCACGCACAAUAAGCGCUAAAAGAGAUGAGUGGAAAGGCCAAGCAGUGGCCCAGUUAAAGAAAGCUUUCCCUGGAGCUAUUCUUUUUGAGGAAACAUCACAUCGCAUCCGUGCUACAAAGGAAGAGAAAUUGUCGGUUCAAAAUGUGUUCGGGCUUCUGGCUCAACUCAAACCUGGUCAGGUUAAUGAAACUGCCAAUCUGCCAAGCGCUACAGACGAUACGAUCCUGCGGAAUGACCGCCUUCGCAAGAUAGCGAACUAUUGGUAUGAUCUAGGGGAGCUACUAUCUGCGUUCAUUCCCCAUAUCACUACCACCGCUCAUCACACAAAACUCAUCGCACAAGAUGGUCUAAAAUUCAAGAGGCGCAAGAUAUCGAGUCGAACUGAUCUUGAGGUUGCCUUCUACCUCCUCCAGAAAUGCAAAGGUAGCCCUGAGGCUUUAGACAUUCUCACACUCGCAAUUUCAGUGUUGGCUGCCUACGGCUGGAUGAUUGCUCGCCCAAAAAAGCCCUGUGUCGAUGAUAUGCUCAUUCUUCGCAAAUCUCCGAAUGAUAUUGUCCCACGAAAAUGUUCUGAAUGCGGUAAGGAGCAACUGGACGACCCCUUUGCCUACUGGUCAAAGUUUAACCCGAGUCAUUAUGUACUUUGGUAUCAUUUUCGGUCCGGCUGCGGCAGGCCAGAUUGCAAGACGCAAAACGCCAGCCUCCUACCUCUCAAUCCGCUGACAAGGUACUCGCGUUGUAGCCAGAAGGAUUUAAAAGAGAAGCCUCUCGACCAGUUUGACAGAUGGCUGCUACUCCGUGCAGAAGAAUUUGGGACACUCCCAGUCGAGCUCGAAGUGAAUUGCCAAGGCGAAAACUGCCAGGAAACAAAGACAGUUAGAGCACGGUGGACCGGCCACGCGACGCCGAAAUUUGUGGUAGCUGUACACCCCUGCGUUAAAUCUGGCCUAAGAAGAAAUUGGGUACCUACCGGCUACCCGACCAUCCACUCUGCGAAGCUCAGCACACUGUGGAAGAGGUUCCGUGAAGCCCCGGGUUUUGAUGUUACUCGUUACCCCCGCAGACCCGAUAUUUACUUCAACACAGGUCUCGCUUUUUCUGGUCGGAUCGCCGCUUUGAUUGAGGCCCAACGGUUGAUUGAGGCCGAUGGAUCAAUUGAACGGAAGAGAAAGGCCGACGAGAUGGACGAGGCUUAG